CAGGAGUCAGGACACGCCCGCCUACCUUCAAAAAACAUACCGUAGUAGCCUGACAGGAAGGCUGUCCACUCCAGCCUUCACAACCCGAUCAGGGCGCAGAGGUCAUCAGGCUUAAGGUCAGCUUUUUAUGAGGGGUGUUGCUACUAUUAUAGGCGGGGAGCACUGUGAAUUUAGCCGUGCAAAGCGAACAAAGUGGAGGAGCCAGAAUCCGGAUCUCAGUAAGAUCAAACGGGGCGCAGUUGCCGAUGAGAUUAGCGCAGAUCAAGACGGUGACUCGUACUUGCAGCCCUGUCUGAAAGGUUUGGACCUAGACUCUAAGCUGCCCAUCUUGGCUAAGUUUGACCUUUUUCACACGCACGCAAUUUGCUGCUUGAUCCCAGAUAAUGUGGUCUACUAAGGGCUGAAACUUUAGUCACGCUAUGCCAGCAUUAGCGACCCCUCGCCUGACCAGCGGGGGGGUGCUCAACCACUCUUCUCAGGCCCCCGUUGCUGACAAGUUUCCCAGUCGGCAGCUUUCACCAGAGGCUUUCAAAGUCAGUAGCUUCUCGUUUUCUGGCUCCACUUUUGGCAGCCCCAUAUUUACAGGAAGAUCAGGAACAGAAGAGCUGUUUAAGGUCAGCGGGAGGAACCGCGUGGUUCAGCAGAACUGCGCACGAUGUGAAGUGGCAGCCAGAGAGUCGUUCCGCAGAGGCGAUGAUGUCAGCAGGCCUGGUGGGGGGUGGGGCACGACGCCAGCAAGAGCGGCCGGGCCCAUUCGCAAACGGGGGGCCAGCGUGCGAUGCCGAGUUGCUGCUAGGGAAGCCCCCCCGGGGGCGGACAAACUGGCGCUUCCUGUAAUUGAGGAGGAGGUCCCGGCAACGUGUGAAAAGGCCCCGGAGCUGCCGAAGUACGCGGCCCCUGAGUUCCCUAGGAGACUGCCGUCGCAAUUGCAGUACGAAGAAGGCAUGUUGGGAGGAAUCAGCGCAUACACACGGGGUGUCGGCCGGCUAGACUUGGGGGCAGACACACUAUCAUACCUGAAGAAGAUUCUGACGUCACGAGUGUAUGACGUGGCAAUCGAGUCUCCCCUGGAGCGCGCAAACAAGAUCAGCGACCGGAUGGGAGCGGACAUCUUCCUCAAGCGGGAGGAUCUGCAAAAGGUUUUCUCCUUCAAGUUGCGCGGCGCCUACAACAUGAUGGCGCAGCUGCCGCAAGAUGCGCUCGAUCGGGGAGUCAUCUGCUCUUCUGCCGGGAACCACGCCCAGGGAGUCGCGCUUGCGGCGGCGCAGCUUGGUUGCAGUGCAAUCAUUUGCAUGCCGGUUACGACACCUGCGAUCAAGUGGAACUCUGUGAAGCGUCUCGGAGCGACGGUGGUCCUGGUUGGUGAGGCGUACGAUGAGACGCAGGCAUUUGCCAAGCAGAGGGCGCUCGAGGAGGGCCGCGUCUUCGUGCCGCCGUUCGACCACCCUGACGUCAUUGCGGGACAGGGGACUGUCGGCAUGGAAAUUUUACGCCAGCACCCAGGGCCUAUUCACGCCGUCUUCGUUCCAGUCGGGGGAGGGGGCCUGAUAGCCGGCAUCGCGGCUUAUGUGAAAUGCCUCCGGCCAGAGGUCAAAAUAAUCGGAGUGGAACCAGCGGAUGCAAACGCGAUGGCGCUGUCGCUGCACGAGGGGCAACGCAUCUGCUUGGACAAGGUGGGCGGUUUCGCUGACGGGGUUGCGGUCAAAAUGGUCGGGGACGAGACAUUCCGCAUCUGCCGGGAGCUCAUCGACGGCGUCGUGCUCGUCUCCAAGGACGCAAUUUGCGCCGCGAUCAAAGACGUCUUCGAAGAAACGCGGUGCAUUCUGGAGCCAGCUGGCGCGCUCGCAUUGGCUGGCGCGAAAGCCUAUGUCAAGUACAACGAUUCGCAAAAGGGGGGGUCCAGCAACGGGGCGGCGAGGGGGGGCGCGGGAUCGAUGGUGGUGAUUACGAGCGGGGCGAAUAUGAACUUUGACAGGCUAAGAGUCGUCGCAGAACUUGCCGAGGUCGGCGAAAGGAGAGAAGCCGUUCUCGCGACGAGCAUCCCGGAGCGCCCCGGAACGUUCAAGGAGUUUUGCCGGCUGGUGGGGCCAGAUAUCAACAUCUCGGAGUUCAAGUAUCGGCGGGCAGACGACGCGGCAGCGCACGUGUUCUACAGCGUAAACGUGGCAAACGACGAGGAGCUGGCGAAUCUGCUCGCGAGGAUGGCGAAUGCGGAGUUUCCGACGAUCGAUAUGAGCAGCAACGACCUGGCGAAGACGCAUCUGAGGCACUUGGUGGGCGGGAGGAACAGCGUAGAAGACGAGGUUUUGUACCGGUUCGAGUUUCCGGAGCGGCCCGGGGCGCUGCUCAAGUUCCUAGACUUCCUCAGCCCGCGGUGGGACAUCACGCUUUUCCACUACCGAGCCGAGGGCGAACGUGUGGGAAACGUUCUGGUGGGGCUCCAGAUUCCGCCAGCCGAAGAAGCACAGUUCCGGUCAGCGGCCGACGCUUUGGGUUACCAAUACGUCUCGGAGGGCAACAACGAAGCGUUCCGGAUGUUUUUACGCUAGCCUAAUCUGACGUCGCAUGUGUCGUCAGCUAGGUUUUGAAUUUCUCUCUGUCAUUCGAAUUCAGUUGUCACUUCUGUGACACGUGCAUAGAUGGACAAACGUCCAUUGAGAGAAGACCAAAAGCGCCAGGCAACUAAACUUGCGUAUUGAUAGCGGACUCCGCGCUGCAUGCCAUGAUGAAUUAUAGGGGGCUCGUCCUGUAAGAAUCUCAACCGUCUCCUGUCAUUCAGCUCCGUCGAAUGCCUUUCUUAGACUCAGCACAUAUCUAGCAA